GGAAACGUUAGGUUUUGAAGGCUAAAUUGGAUCAAGUAAUUUUCAGACGACUGCCAUUUUCAUACCAUUUUCAGAGCUCACUGUUGUGGUCUUUGGUCUCAUAGGGUCAACAGAAAUUAACCAGCAUGCAUAUGAGGCCUCUGAUGUUGAUACAGAGUAUUUUUCUUGUAUUUGAAGCGACGCUCACUGAAAGAUUACAGACAUCCUCUGGCGCCACAGGUAACCAAGUUACUCGUUCCGUUGAGUUCGCACUUGGAGAAAAUUCAUCGUCAGGUGCCACAGAUCAACCAGCCACAAGCUACUUUCUACGACCAUCACCUAGCGCCACGGGUUUCCAAGCUUCAGGCUCCCUUCAAAAAAUUAAUGGUCAAAGUCCAUCAGGAGUAGUAUUAACACUAUUAUCACCUGUCAAUGUUGAUCGGGAAACUGCAUCUUCGCUGAAAGUAACAAAAUCAUCAAAUCACGCUGGCUUUCAAACGGAUGCGAAUUUCUCCGCAUUUGUGCAACGAUCGAGUCCAACAUCCGGUGUUCUAGAUCUCUCCGCAGGUUCCUCAGCAUCACUACAGACGGCAAGCUUACCGUCAAGAGCCAGAGGUGUUCAGACUACUGGCGAAUCGAUAGGUACAGUGCAAAUACCUGGGAUUGUCGCUAUGUUUACUCCAGGAGAACCAUCAACAGCAGGUGAACCAUUGCCUCUCCUGGCUAAGAUACUCAUUCCCGUGUUUGGAGUCCUAUUAGUGGUAGUGGUUGGAGUCGCUUGGUGUUGCUGUGUACGAGGAAAGGAAAGAGAAAACUUCGAAAACCUGAUCAUUGAAUCAACUCUGAUGGUGAGACUUGAUGUGACCGAAAAUCGUCGAGUGUCCUGUUAAUUCCAUGCCGUGGUAUUCCUGUGCCAAGGUUUUAGGUGAUAAGAUAAACGCGAAGGACACAAAAGAUAAGAAUAAUUCUCAACAACAUCAUAACCUGUCAUGUCUCACUAACCACUGUAUCGAGAUUAAACAUUUUAAGGCAAGAAGUGAAUUACAUUAUAAUCUAAGAGUUUGAACUGUAAUUUUAUAAUCUGCCCAUUUUCAUUUGUCACUCUUGUCAUGUUAUCGACCUAUCGGGUGAUAAGCCAAUGAGAAGUCUAAGAACUGCUACAAGCAGACUCUGAUAUAUGAGAGGACAAGAAACUACCAUCAGGGAUCAGUAAUUAUUUUUCGCCUGGAGGAUCACACGGUUUUCAAGGAGAACGGAGUGGGGAGCAGUCGUCGCUAACAGAGUAUAAAGGGGGGACUAGAAAAUUGACUGGCAAUGAGGGGGAUCAGAAAAAUACUUCAGAGCCUUAGAGGGGGGGAUCAGGCAAAAUUUUAUUGUGACGCAACCAAAAUCCUCUGACCCCCAACAGGUGAUAAAUACGACCGGCCCUCAAAAUAAAUAAAAACAUUUCUGUACGUCAGGUGAACAUAAAUGU